AAAUCAUACAUUUUAUUAAUUAAAUUUAACACGAGUUGGGUCAAACGGUCCAUUAAACGGCGAUCCAUCUGCAUGCCAAGCCUUCUUCAAGGUUUCAUGCAUUGCCAGUUCAUCUGAAGUAGGCAAACCUAACUUUUUUCGCUCCUGGUUCCAUUGUAAUUCCUCAAUUUUAGCUUGUGCUUCUUCAGGUAACUCCUCAUAUGGUCUUGAACAGUCUAUUUUUGAAAUAUCUAUUACUGGUUCGGAUUGUACCAGACAGUUCCACCACAUUUCUUGGCAUUUGUCUAAAUGAAUGAGCAGUUUUUGACCAUCUAGGGACCAUACUGCAUCAUUAGCUUUGCAUUUCUUACAUAGAUCACCCUUGAGCAAAACUUCACCGCUUUCUAAAGUUACAUGUACAUUACUUGGUAAUAUUUUUACAUCUAUAUGUUUAGUGGUACAGUUUUUGGGUAUUUUAACUAUAAUAUCGAUAUCCGUUACAGUCUGUGACCAACAGUAAUUCUCGAAAACACUACCGUUGUAACAUUCCGAUUUCGAAAAACUGAAUUCUUCCCGUUCAUCCUUAAUUUCUGAAAUCACUUCACUAAUUUCCGUAAUAGCUUUUUUCGUAAUAUUUAUCUGAUUCUUCCUAAUUAUUUCAGAACCAACAGGUUUGAACUUAUAGAAAGUAUGCCGCACUAACUUCUCAACUAAUCCCUCUGGCAAUCCGACCGGAGAAUUUGGUUCUUUUGCAACAUGAUAAAAAUCUGUCCUGAAAUUCAAUAAAUUUGUUACUCCAUAAAGACGAAUUAAAUUAUUUUACCUUCUUUGAAGAAAACCGAAUACCUCUUCUAAAAAGUUUGGCAGUGUUUUGCAUUCUUUGAGCAUUUCGAAUAACAUAUCGUCGUGUUUAUUAUCUGACAUUUUUUUAAAUUUUUGUUAUACAAAUUGGUUAUUUACAAAUAUUGUCAAAUCUCAAAAUUUAUGUCACUGUCAAUUUCUUCUUUACUUUUUUAGGGCCUCUUACUGUGUAAUCGAGUAUUUAGAUCUUGUAUUUUAUAAGUCAGCCAAUUUUUUGGAUGGCCUUUAACGUAAACUUCGGUCAUAUUCACGAUAUACCCUACCCGCCGAAUUAAUUUAUAAAAAAUCGACAGGAUUGUAGGAAAUUGAAUUAUAUUAUCAUACAUUUGAUAAUCUAAUAAUAAAAGAAAUAUUGCAUAUUAUCCAGUGAAUUAAAAAUGUUAAAUGUUUAAUUAGUUCGUGUUUAGUGUUUAGCUAGGUGGUUUUUUAGUACCUAUUGUCAACUGAGAUAAACGUUGCGUGAGCGUGAGAUGCGUUUCAUUUAAUUUUAUUAACCAAUUCUUCGAAUUUACUGAUUUAGAAAAAUUAGUGUUUAAAAUAAAGGAUAAUAAUUGUUCAUAAAGCAUGGUACUGGUUGAUAAAUUAAUAUUUUUUGUUUUAAUUUCCUUCGUUUACUCUAAUACAUCACCUGAGGAAGAACAAGGGGUUAAAUACGCCAAUAAAUGUGAAGUGUGUAAAAUUCUGGCAAUCGAAUUAGAAUCCAGAUUAGACGAAACUGGUAAAUCUUCGGACAUUAUAGAAACGGGAUAUUCCGUAGACGAUGUUAAACCCAAAAAGAAAAAGGAAUAUAAAAAAUCCGAGUUAAGAUUAAUAGAAUCUUUGGAUGGUGUGUGUAAUAGAAUUUUAGAGUAUAAUAUUCAUAAAGAGAGAGACGAUAGCACUAGAUUUGCCAAAGGAAUGAGCCAGACAUUCCAAACCUUACACGGUUUGGUAGAUAAGGGUGUAAAAGUUGAGUUAGGUAUACCAUAUGAACUUUGGGACUCGCCAAGUGCUGAAAUUACCAAAUUAAAAACCCAAUGUGAAACAUUACUAGAGGAAAAUGAAAGUGAUAUCGAAAACUGGUAUUUUAACCAUCAAGGUAAAGAAUCUCUUAAGAAAUACCUUUGUCAAGACAGAGCUUUAAAAAAUGAUGAUAAAGCUUGUCUAGCCGAACAGAAAAAAGGUGAUACAGGAAAAACCAAGAAACCGAAGAAAAAAAAUGAACUGUAAUUUUUAUAUGAUUUUUAAUAAAUAAUAUAUGAAAUAGACUAAUCAUUUAAGUAAAUUUUUAUACUUAAUAUUUAAUACAUAAAUUGUUUACUACUAAAAUCUAUAAAACUAUUCUUUAGCUUUCCCUUCUUUUUCACGUUCAGCUUUACUCUUUCGUAUAUGUUUAGGUUUUCCUCUCAACGCUCUCAUUCUAUCCAUUUCCUCCUUGAAAUCGGUAUGUUCAUCUCUAUACAAACCAUAAUAUCUUAAUUUCAUCAUUAGUUUUCCAGUUUCUAUAUGCCUCGGAUAGUAGGCAUACACUUCCCUGCGCAAAUGCACUGGUUCUUCACUAAACAGUUUUACAACCUUCAUUGAUUUGGGAUUUGUAGGCCGUACUACUUCUCCGAAUAUGCGGUUACUGAGUCUUUUCAUUCUCUUUGCAUAUUCGGUGGUUUGUUUAACUAAAUCUACGUAUUUCGCAUACUUACUCAUUUUUGAAAAUUUUUCAAAAAUUUAAGGUUAUUUUUUUAAUAUAUUUUACUUCUUCUUUUUCAUUUUUAAUUUGGGCUUUAUAUGGAUUAGUUGUCC